AUGUCCUCGGAAACUGCCAAUGUGGCCGCCCUCCUCAUGGGUGUCGGGGAAGACCUCGUCUUGCAAGAACAACCCGUUCCAACUCCGGGCGCUAGCGAAGUCCUGAUCCGCAACCACGCCCUGGCCGUCAAUCCCGUCGACUGGAAAUUGCAAACUCUUGGGUUCAUGGGCGGGCCAUACCCAAAGAUUCUCGGCGCAGAUCUUGCGGGUGUCGUGGUGAAAAUCGGCUCAUCCGUCGAUGGAUUAAAGCCAGGGGAUCGUGUACUGGCGGAUGCAAGCGGCACCAUGACUCAAAACCCCAACCAUGGAUGCUUCCAGACCUUCACGGCGGUGGACGUCUCUUCGGUGACCAAGAUCCCGGAUUCGAUGUCCUUCACCGGGGCCGCCACCCUGCCCUUGGCCGUCGACACCGCGGCCCAGGUUUUCUUUGAUAAUCUUGGCUUGCCCUAUCCGAUUGGGCCUGGUGAUAAGAAAGCCGGCUCGAUUCUACCCGGCGACGCUCUCCUGGUGUGGAGCGCCGCGGGCUCCGUCGGUCGGGCGGUUGUACAACUCGCCCGAAUCUUGGGAAUAGAGGUGUAUGCGACAGCGAGCACGCGCCACCAUGACGCCCUCAGGAAGCUAGGCGCGAGCUUCGUCGUAGACUACCAACCAACCACCGCUGUGGAAGAGCUCAAGUCCGCCGCGGCGGCCGCUGGCAAGCGCAUCCUCGUCGCGGUAGACUGCAACGCCAGCGCAGACAGUCUCGCUAAUGUUCUUGGGUUCCUCUCAGAUGGAAAGAGUGACGUGAGGAAAACGGCGGUGGUCAUGUUGCCCCUGGAAUGGAUUCAGCCCAGUGUGGUGGUGCCUGAAGACGUCGAAACGAGCUGGGUGGAUGGAGGGAAGAAGUACACUUCGCGGCUGGACAUCCAGGCGUGGCUUCAUGGUAAAGGGCUGCCUGCCUGGUUGGAAAGCGCCGAAGUCGUCCCCGGCCCCUACCGUGUUGUACCCGGCGGCCUCGGAGGACUUCAGCCUGCUCUUGAUGAGCUGAAAGCAGGCUCUGUGAGUGGCGAGAAACUGGUGAUUGAGGUUUAA